UAAUGUCACCGGUGUCCGGUUACCGUUACAGGUUGUGAUUGUUGUAUAUUUAGUAUUAUUUAAAAGUGAGAAAUUAUAAUUAAAUAUAUUUAAGUGAAAAUAUACUUUUCCUUGGAGAGAUAAUUAAAACUAACAAAAUGGCAUUCAAUGAGACUGAUGUCUAUUAUCCAAAUUCAUGUUACGUUUGCCGCUGUUUUGGCGAAAAUGUUAGUUUAAAAAGAUGCGGUGCAUGUGGCAUGAUUAGUUAUUGCAGCAAAGCACACCAAAUAAAAGAUUGGGCAAAUCAUAAGGAAUUUUGCAAAGUUUUGUGUCAAAUAAUGAAAGAAUGGAAAGUGGAUAAUUUAUUUCAAACACUGAAAGAUAAGAAUGUUACGAUGAAUGAAAUGCAGAAAAUCCUUUCUAAGCGCUUAAAAAAAAUGUGCAUGUCCAGUGAAAAAUCAGAAACAGUAAUUAAAUUUGAUAUGUUUCGUCUCAGAAGGAAGUUACAAACAACUGGUUUUGAUUUAUUUGAUUUUUUGAUAUUAAGAAUUUCCGAAUUACUAAUGAGGCCACUAAAAUGUCUUGAAUUUGAUAUGAUAGACAACCCAAGAGUUUGUGCGGUUUGCUUUGAAUGUAAUCCUAAACUUCUUAAAAAUUGUACGAAAUGUCCUCAAUCCAGCUUUUGCGAGAUUCACAUAAAUGAUCCAAGUCAUGAGAAUGUGUGCAUUAAAUACUUAUCAAUAUUUUAUUUACAAAAUAAAUCCUAUGCAAAUAUUGUUGAAUCGAUGUCGUACAUAAAUGAAGAUAUGAAAUUACCAUUGCAAAAAAACGUUGAAAAAUUGCCAAAUUCAAUGAUGCAAUUUUUUGAAAAAUAUUUUUCAAAUGUUCCAUACAAUAUGUUAGAAAUUGAAAAAAGAUUUGCAUUUGACUCUUAUUUUUCAGAGAAAUAUUCUAUUCCACUGUCAAUACUUUUUGCUAUGGAGAAAUUAAAUCUCAAUUUGGAUUCUAUGUUAAUUCAUGUUGUUGGCGCACAUAUACGUGAACAAGUAUUUUCAUAUUGGGAAACAAUAUUGCACUAUUUGCCACAAUUACGUAAACUUACAUUAAUUUUGAUUGGACCUGAACUAUUUCCGUUUGAUGCGAAUGUGCAAAAUGUGUGCAAACUCUGCGUGGAAGAUAAAAGACAAUUGAUUAUCAAAAAAUAUGCGACAGAAUAUCAUAAUUAUUGUAGCAGUAAAAAUUUUGAAAAGCCCGAUAUGAUUGCUUGUUUUAAUCCAGGUUUUCACGCUUAUUCGUCUUGGAAAAAAUCUAUAGCAGUUUUUAAUAAAGGACAAUGCCCAUUGAUGGUAACGAAUUUCAAUCAAACAGAGGGUAUUCAGGAUAAAGACUUUAUUGAUUCUAAAUAUUCUUCUGCGAAAUGUGUUUUCAAUGAUUACAAUCCAUUCGCUUGUCUUCAUUAUAUAAGGUCGAAUAUUCGUUACAAAAUUAAUGCCAUCAAUGAAUUUAUGUUUAUUUACGAACAUUUUGGCUACAAAUAA